AUGAUUUCAGAUGGUGAAGAGAGUUCAAACUCUGAAGGAGUUGAAAACAAAAAUUUAGUUAAUGAGAUUAGUUUAAUGAAUAUCGAUCAGUUUUUGGAGCCAAUUUUAACUCCAGAACUGAUUUCAAAAUUUAUUAAUUCAGAUCAACUUGAAAUUCUAUGCUUCCCUCGCCUAACCGAAUGGUUAUGGCAUACAAUCAUGAACCAUGAUAAAAUGAUUGCGAUGUCGCCUCAUAUAAUUUUUACUUUACUUCAGGAAAUGAUUUUAACAGAAAAUAUAGAAAUUUACGAUGAAAUCAAGAAAUAUUCUUCAAAUUUCCCUGAUUACAGCUUAGAUUUUGAACCAUUCUUAUUUUUCAUUCUUGAAUCUGGAAUUUCAACACCAUCGAUUACACCAUAUGCAAUAUCAUGUUGCAGAAAGAGUUUAUUCUAUAAUACCGAGGUAUUUGAUUCGAAGAAAAUCGAAAUUUCCCUAAUUAAACUUUGUUUAUUAGUUUUAUCUCAUUUCAAGAAAGAACUUCCACAGCAAUUCAUAGAUUAUUUCAAUGAAUUACUUGAAACUACCGAAUUACCAAGUGUUGUUCUUGUUACUGAGCUUUCAGAUUUAAUCAGCAAUGAUUUGAAACCAAAAUGCAUCCAAAAUUACUACAACGUAUACCACAAUCUAGACUAUCACUCUCCAGCAGGAUUUUUGAUUCAUGAAUGGCUUUCUCGCAAAUUUAUUGCAAAAGUAAUUUCUUGUGAAGAAUCUCUCUCCAGCAACGAUUUUAUCAAUAAUUUUCAUUUAUAUAUUGAUAAAAUUAAAUCAAUUUGCAAAAACAGUCAGAAUCAGAGUAUAAAUUCGGCAAUUAUUGCUUCUCUGAUGAUAGAAUCGUACGCAGUGUCACUAUUUUCCCAUAACAUGUAUGUACAGGACAUAGAAAAAGAAAAAUUGAACAAAUUUAUCAAUUUAAUAAUAACAACAUUUCAAUUUAAUUGGCCUGGUGCAUCACAGAUCGAUCGCCAUCAAGAGAGGGAGAUAAUGAAAGGAAUUUCAAAGCAUUUGCUUUUAAUAAUUGAAUAA